AUGCGGGACUUCUCCUGCUUCAGCGACGGCGCCGUCGCGCUGGCCGCCGGGGCCGCGGGCGGCAGGGGAGCCGGCGCCGCGCUCGACCGCUCGCUCCAAGCGGCCACCGCCAGCGUCUACAGGGUCGCGCUGUCGUCGCGCAAGGAGCUCCGGAUCAGUGUCACCUGGACGCGGGGCAUCGCCGGGGCCGGGGCGGGGUCGGCGGCGGGGGCACCGGCUGCCGGCGUGACCGGGCUCGCCGUGGCCGUCGACGACGGAUCCAGGGCGCUGCCACUGGCUGCGGUCGGCACGCCGCGCCGGACGACCGCGCCGGCUCCGCCGGCGGGUGCGCAGCAUUUCCUGCAGAAGAAGCGCGGGACGCGGUCGUUCGCCACGGAGGCCGGCACCGCGGUGUGCAUCUACUGGGACACGGCGGAGGCCAAGUACCAGCAACCGGGCUCGCCGGAGCCCUCCCGCGACUACCACCUCGCCGUCGUCGCGGACGGCGAGCUCGCUCUCCUCCUCGGCGGCGGCGAGGGCGCGCGGGAGCUGGGGCGCCGGUUCGCCCCGGCCCCGCGCCGCGCGCUGCUCAGCCGGCGCGAGCAGGUCCGCGGCGGGACGGCGGCCUUCCCUCACUCCGCCGCCGCCGCGCGCGCGCAGCUGGUCCACACGACGCGGUGCCGGUUCCGCGACGACGGCGCGGAGCAUGAAGUCACGGUGGCGUGCCGCGGGGAGGAGUGGGGGGCAGGAGGGCCAUCCUCCAGGGACGGCGAGGUGGCGGUCAGCGUCGACGGCAAGAAGGUGGUGGAGGCGCGCCGGGUCAAGUGGAACUUCCGCGGCAACCGGACGGCGGUGCUGGGCGACGGCGCGGUGGUGGAGGUCAUGUGGGACGUGCACGACUGGUGGUUCGCCGGCGCGUCCCCCGGCGGCGGCGGGGCGCAGUUCAUGGUGAAGGCGCGUGGGGCGGCGGACGGCGGCCGGGUGUGGAUGGACGAGGAGAUGGCCAGCAAGGGGCAGCCACCCGCCGGGUUCUUCCUGCACCUGCAGUGCUACCGGCGGUGA